AUGGCGAGGGUUAAGGUGCACGAGCUGAGGCAGAAGAGCAAGACAGAGCUUUUAUCCCAGCUGAAGGAUUUGAAGGCGGAGCUAUCUCUGCUGCGCGUGGCCAAGGUUACCGGCGGCGCUCCGAACAAGCUUUCCAAGAUCAAGGUGGUCAGGCUCUCGAUCGCACAAGUCCUCACCGUGAUUUCCCAGAAGCAGAAGGCCGCUCUAAGGGAAGUCUACAAGAACAAGAAGUACUUGCCGCUCGAUCUCCGCCCCAAGAAGACCCGUGCCAUCCGCCGCCGCCUCACCAAGCACCAGGUGUCUUUGAAGACAGAGAAGCAGAAAAAGAAGGAAAUGUAUUUCCCUCUCAGAAAGUAUGCCAUUAAGGUUUAA